CACUGAAUAAAGAUGGACCGGCGGGGGGAAAGCGGCGGCCAGUGACGCAUCGAGUCAAUCUCAGGUGUGCUAAGGCCAAAGGUGUCAUGGAGGCGCUCCUGUGUCGCGUCUGGAAUCCGUCCCCAAUGGCUGCCAAUGGAGCGUGAACCGUCAGGUUUCCUCCGUCAGCAUCGAAGAUCGGGCUCGAACCAUGUAGCGGACACAGGUGAUCCGAGACAUUCCCGCAGCAGCCACUAUGGAAGUGCAGACCACCUCCCUGGUGUGGAUUUACGUUAACGUGACGGUCAACACUUCGGACGAGUUCAACUCCACUGAGAGCUCGGAGAAGUCUUACGCUAUCGGUCUCUUCCUGUCCUGCCUCUACACCAUCCUCCUCUUCCCCAUCGGAUUCAUAGGCAACAUCCUGAUCCUGGUGGUCAACUUGAACCACCGCGAGAAGAUGACCAUCCCCGACCUGUACUUCGUCAACCUGGCGGUGGCCGACCUGAUCUUGGUGGCCGACUCGCUCAUCGAGGUGUUCAACCUGAACGAGAAGUACUACGACUAUGCCGUGCUGUGCACCUUCAUGUCACUCUUCCUGCAGGUCAACAUGUACAGCAGCAUCUUCUUCCUCACGUGGAUGAGCUUCGACCGCUACGUGGCACUGGCCGGCUCGGUGGGCUGCAGCCCGCUGAGGACCAUGCGGCACGCCAAGCUCAGCUGCGGCCUCAUCUGGAUGGCGUCCAUUCUGGCCACGCUUCUGCCCUUCACCAUCGUGCAGACGCAGCACCGCGGUGAGCUCCACUUCUGUUUCGCCAACGUCUUCGAGAUCCAGUGGCUGGAGGUGACGAUCGGCUUCCUGCUGCCGUUCUCCGUCAUCGGCCUGUGCUACUCCCUGAUCGUACGGAUCCUCAUGCGGGCGCAGAAGCAUCGCGGGCUGUGGCCAAGGCGGCAGAAGGCAUUGCGGAUGAUCGUGGUGGUGGUGCUGGUCUUCUUCAUCUGCUGGCUGCCGGAGAACGUCUUCAUCAGCAUCCAGCUGCUGCAGGGCACCGCCGACCCGGCCCGCAGGACCACCGCCACGCUGUGGCACGACUACCCGCUGGCGGGCCACAUCGUCAACCUGGCCGCCUUCUCCAACAGCUGCCUCAACCCCAUCAUCUAUAGCUUUCUGGGGGAGACCUUCCGGGACAAGUUGAGGCUCUUUGUCAAGCAGAAGGCCAGCUGGUCAGCCGUCGGUCUCCAUUUGGGACCUCCGGUCAGGACUGAGGUGUCCGAGGUGUAAGGACAGAGUGUGAAACCAUAUCUGCACACCUUAUGAACAAAAACCCCAAAGACAGAACCCUGUACACCAAACUGUAAACCACUAAUCAUUCUAGCACUCAGCGAGAAUGUUCAUUGUUUUCUGGCUUGAUCCACAGGGGCUCAUGCUUUUCCUUAAAUGAUUUACUUGGAGGCAACACGGUGGAGAGGAAGUUAGAACGUUUGCCUCCGAGUUCUAACAUUUGUGUUUCAGCUCUGGGCUCUGGCCUUCCUGAAAGGGAUUUUGCAUGUUCUUCAUGUGCUUGUGUGGGUUCUCUCCGAGUACCUCAUCUUCCUCCCACAUACCACAAACAAAUUUAAAAGAUGCUAUAUUGUCCAUAGUCGUGUAUGUGAGUGUGAAUGUUUGUUUUGUCUAUAAAUC